UAUCAAGUAUGCAACGUGAUGGAGCCGAGUCAGAACAAUUGGCUCCAAACGGGUUGGAUAUGGCGGCAGGGCGGCCAGCGCAUCUUCAUCGAACUGCAGUUCACCCUGCGCGACUGCAACAGCAUCCCAGGCGUGUCCGGUAGCUGUAAGGAGACCUUCAACCUCCUCUACGCCGAGUCUGACUGGGACCUGGGCCGCGUCACCCGCGAAGACCGCUACAGCAAAAUCGACACCAUUGCGGCGGAUGAAAGUUUCACGCAGGGCGAUUUGGGAGAGCGGAAGAUGAAACUUAACACCGAAGUCCGUGAAAUAGGACAUCUCAAUCGCAAAGGAUUCCAUCUGGCCUUCCAGGAUGUCGGCGCAUGCGUCGCACUGGUUUCCGUGAGAGUGUACUACAAACGCUGUUUGUCAACAGUGCAGAAUUUAGCAGUGUUCCCAGAUACGGUAGCUGAAGCUGCCUUCUCGACUCUGGUGGAGGUGAGAGGGUCAUGCGUGAAUAACUCUGAGGUGGACACGGACAGUCCUCCCAGAAUGCAUUGCAGUGCUGAAGGGGAGUGGCUGGUGCCCAUCGGCAAAUGCAGCUGCAGCGCUGGGUAUGAGGAGGGACACAGCAGCUGUGAGGCCUGUCCCCCGGGCACCUACAAGAUGUCGUCACGGCAGCAAGAGUGUUUCCCGUGUCCGGCUAACAGCAAGGCUGAAGAAGAGGGCUCUGUGCUGUGUGUGUGCGAGGACGACCACUUCAGAACUCCACUGGACCCUCCAUCCGCACCCUGCACGCGCCCCCCCUCUCCGCCUCGAGAUCUGGUCUACACCCUCAAACAGUCUACGCUCAUUCUGGAGUGGGCCACUCCGAAUGACUCAGGCGGCCGAGGGGAUCUCACCUACAGCAUAGGCUGCCGGCGAUGCGUCGGCCCCCCGCGGGCCCCGCAGGUGCAGUGUGAACCCUGCGGAGCCAGCGUGGGCUUCGUACCACAGCAGAGCGGCCUGACGGAGUGCACAGUCACCGUAGUCAACCUGCUGCCCAACUCCAACUACUCCUUCAGCGUGGAGGCCCGGAACGGCGUCUCAGAGUUACUCCCCAACAAAAGGUUCUACACGCAGGUCAACAUCUCCACCAGCCUUCCAGCGCCUUCCCAGGUUAACGAGCUGCGAGCGGAGAAGGUUGAGCAGCGCAGUGUGACUCUGGUUUGGAGGGAACCCGCCGUGUAUCCCAACAGCAGCCGCACUGAAUACGAGAUCAAAUACUAUGAGAAGGAUCAGAAAGAUCAGAGCUAUUCCACGGUGAAGACGGCCGCCACCAGAAUCAGCGUCAACAACCUGAAACCAGGCACCACCUAUGUCGUCCUCAUCCGCACCUGCUCCAGCCCAGCACUUUCUUCUCUUUCUUCCUCUCCUCUUUCUUCCUCCUCCUCCUCCUCUUUGUCUCCAUCUUCCCUGUCUGCUUCCUCUUCCUCUUCCAGCCCCGUGGCAGCUGUGUCGCCCCCUCCACUCGACUACGGGGCGUACAGCGCACCGCUGGAGCUGCAGACGCUGGGGGAACUGGCCCUGGCCUCUAGUGAACAGAGUCCUGUGGUGAUCAUCGUGGUGGUUUCGGUGGCUGCUCUCAUCAUGUUACUGACUCUUGGAGUUGGACUGCUCAUCUGGAGAAGUGGCUUCUCCAGACCCUCCAAUGUAGCUCCUACUCGUGUGGUGCUGCUCUCUACCUCCUUCUCUACUCUUCCUCCUCCUCCUCUUCCUCCCUCCACGCAGCUGUCUCCCAGACAGUGUGGCUACAGUAAAGCCAGCCAGGAAGGGGAUGAUGAACUCUACUUCCAGUUUAAAAUCCCAACCAGAAGGACCUACAUUGACCCAGAAACCUGUGAAGAUUUGCUCCAGGCUGUUCAUGCCUUUGCCAAAGAGCUGGACAUCUCUAGCAUCAAGAUCGAGAGGAUAGUCCAUACAGGAGACUUUGGGGAAGUGUGUCGAGGUUGCCUGAAGCUUCCCAGUAAACGCGAGUUGCCUGUGGCCAUAAAGACCCUUCGUGCGGGCUGCUCGGAAAAACAGAGACGCUCAUUCCUCAGCGAGGCGGGAAUUCUGGGACAGUUCGAUCAUGCCAACAUUGUGCGUCUGGAGGGAGUCAUCACCAGAGGCAACACUAUGAUGAUCGUGGUGGAGAGCAUGGCCAACGGAGCCCUGGACUCUUUCCUGCGGAAACACGAAGGUCAGUUGACUGUUCUUCAGCUGGUGGAUUUGCUGAGCGGAGUGGCGUCUGGGAUGAAGUAUCUGACAGAGAUGGGUUUUAUCCAUCGCCGACUGGCCGCUCAUAAAGUCCUGGUGAACAGCAGCCUGGUCUGCAAAGUGUCAGGCUUCAGACCUCUUCAAGACGACAAGAUAGAGGCGGUCUACAGCACACUACAUGGAGGGAAGAGUUUGGUGUUGUGGACGGCCCCAGAAGCCAUUCAGUACCAUCGUUACAGCUCAGCUUCUGAUGUGUGGAGCUUCGGUAUCGUCAUGUGGGAAGUCAUGUCUUUCGGGGAGAGACCGUAUUGGGACAUGGGCAACCAAGACGUAAUAAAAGCUAUAGAGGAUGGGUUCCGGUUACCUGCUCCCGUGAACUGCCCGCCGUCUCUGCACCAGCUCAUGCUGGAUUGCUGGCAGAAGGAGAGGACAGAGAGACCCACCUUCACCCUGAUCCACAGCGCUCUCAGCAAGACCAUGAGGAGCCCGGACAACAUCGGGUCCUCCACCCUGGGACGCAGGUACUUGAAAGCUUCUCAUGGUUCCCAUCUCCUUGCAAAUCAUCCCGUUUCCACUUUCCCAUUCAGUUGGAGAGUGGUUAGAAGCUGUAGACAUGGGCCGCUACAAAGACAACUUCACUGCUGCUGGAUACUGUUACCUGGAGUCAGUGGCUCGCAUGACCGUUCAGGAUGUGCUGAGUCUCGGCAUCACCUCUCUGGAGCACCAGAAACAGAUCCUGUCCGCCAUCCAGACUCUCAGAGCGCAGGUUAUCCAGAUGCACGGCCGCGGAGUGCAAGUCUGACAGACCCACAGCAGUGCGCUGGCUUACCGAGGAAAGACAUAUGGAUGUCUGCUCUCAUAAUUACCCAGCAGGUCAUUCAACGGUCAGGAGGUGAUAACCAAGACACUGCAAAUGGCGGUUUUCUUCCUAAUCUUCCCUUUUUCAUUCCUUUAUCUUCUCUUUGGGUGAACACUCGUUCUUUUCUUCCACAAACAAGUUCUUGUUUUCUGAGGGGGACAAUAUCACAAGCAAGAGGAUUCCUCUAGAAUAACCUGCGUGCUGAGUUUGACCUGCUUUUCUUCCGCUGUUCAUCAAUGACAUGAGCUCUGUCCCUUUUAGUAGGACUUUAAGGUGGUCGAUGCCCUCCGUCACUGUCCCCGGAGAAGGGCAGUUUGACUCUGACCGAUCUCAGAGCAAUCAAAAGGGCGACAUGUAUUUUCUUUUUCCAAGCAAAAGAACUCAUGCUUUGUAGCCACUGAUCCUCCUAUAAAGUGGACUAAACCGAGAGCAUGUCAUCCAUUUGCUCCUCAGACUAGGAGAGCAUCUCGCCGUAUCUUCAGCACAUAAGUUGAGUACUGAUGUAAGGAAUCUUAAAUAAUAUGUAAAUCCCUUUCUCUGUGUGUUUGGUUACUGUCUACUUUUUUCUUUUUGCUUUCUUUCCUCCACACUUUAAACUCAUUUCUGAAUUUCCGAGUUUAAAUUAGUAUUGUCGGACAUCUGUACUCGUAAUGUUUUUCUUGUUCUGUCUACUAUAGGGACAAUGCUUGCACUGCAGCGUCCAUGACUUACAGAAACUUGUACCAUAUUUAUUAGAUGAUUUAUUUAUCCAUUUACAGAUGCUUACUGGAGUUUGAAUGCAGAAAUAUUGCUUGAAAAUGGAAAACAUAGCACUGAAUCUGGACGUUCAGCUGUCAUUU